UUUUCUCUGUACCGGAAGAAAAGAAAAGAAGAGAAAAUUCCUUCUCUCCUCUGCUCUCGUCGUCUGUAAAUUUUCCUGGCAAACAAACAAACUCUCGCCUAUCGUAACAAUCCAUAUGUUCUGCAGGGUGUUAGUUUGAAAGAAAUCUCUCUGCACCAAUCCAACGCAGCUCCCUAGAUAAAUAGAAACUUCUCUUCUCCUUCUCCUUCUCCUUCUCCUCGGUGUUUAUCCAGUAGCCUCGAUUUGAGCAAUCAAAAUUCCACUUUGGGCGGCGGAUUACGCUUUCUGGAUCUGGAUUUUGAUCUUCCUCCCCUCCAAUUUUCCUUUUCCUCCUUCCCGGAGCUUGAAAUUUUAGCACAAAGAAGAAGAUGAUGAGAAGGCAGCAGCAGCAAGAUCAGCACUCGCGUGUUUUCUUCGAGCUAUCCACUCUGGUCUUCAACUUGCUUCGUUCCCCACCGACGCCGAUCCCCUUCUCCGACCACUUCCCGACCCCUGCGCCGCCAGCUGUUUCCUCUUCGUCCAGCAGUCGGAGGUCGUCGCAGUUGUCGGCGGCGCAGAUCACGCCGGCGGGGUUCGCGUCGCUGCUACUGGGCGUCUCCCUGUCGCUGAUGCUAUGCGGAUCCCUGACCUUUUUCAUUGGGUUUCUGUUGAUGCCCUGGGUGAUUGGGCUUGUAAUGGUGUUCUAUGUUGCCGGGAUCGUUUCGAUGAUCUCCAUGUUAGGCCGCUCGCUUCUCUGUUACGCUACUGAGCCAUCGCCCUCCCCUGGGAAAGACAGUCCUGAAACUCUCGAGAUCUUGUUCUCUUCUCUUCAUUUUAGCUAUGUUGUGAUUCCUUCGCUGACCGUAGUGAGGCUGAUUAUUGAUUCAGCUGCUUACUACUCUAGCUGGCUGAUAGAGUUGUACGGGUUUGAGAAAUACUGCUUGGAAACUCAUGUGAAGGAAGGGGGCAGUCUGGAGACGUGGAGAAUUGGGUAGCAGCUGCAUAUUGAGCUGCGACAUAAGUCGUCGACCUGGAAAUGGUGCCGCCAUUCGAAUGAAGAGAACAUGUUGGGAUCUGAGGAAUGAAUGCCUUGGCUUUUCUUUUUCUCUCUUGAGUGAUUUGAUGCAGGAACUGUGGAUAUCUGUUUUGGUUUCCUGAUGCACUGUGGAUAUAGCUGCUUCUUCAUGAAUUAGAUAUAGCGAAAAGAAGGGUUCUUUACGUUUUUUCUUUUCUUAAAUGCCCUAAUCAAUCAAUGUACCUCGAGCUCAUAAC